CGUCGCAAAGCAGUGCUCACGGGUACUCGGAAAGGCGUUACCCCGGGGGCACUGAUUCCCGAGGAUGCUCCGAUACAGACUCGAAACUACACGACGCCAUCGACAACUUCGCGCAAGGAAAUACCAGCUGUCAUUAUCAAGAAGCGGACUCGAGCCCAGGCCUUCGACGAUGAUCCCCUCCUCCUAAGGGAUCGCAAGCCUGAUCUUACUGCACCUCCUAACGAGAGCGAGCAAGACGCCAUCGAAGCAAAGCGCCGCCAGAACACCUUGGCCGCUCGGCGUUCUCGAAAACGCAAGUUGGAAUACCAGAACGCUCUUGAAUUAAGCGUUGAGCACUGGAAGGCAAGGGCUUUGUUGCUCGAAGGACUUUUGCAGGAGAAGGGGGUGGAUGUACCC